AUGACUGCACUGGUGUUAAAACACUCACAUGUUCGUCGGUUCCCACAAAUCGAAUCGUGUCUUGUUUUGUUAUUUGCUUAUGCCUCAUACUUUUUCUCAAAUGGAUGCCACAUGUCUGGUAUUGUAUCGUUACUUUUCUGUGGUAUUACUCUGAAACAUUAUGCUUAUUACAACAUGUCACGAAGGACACAGAUUGCCAUUAAAUACAUUUUCCAGUUGCUGGCCCAGUUAUCAGAGAAUUUCAUUUUCGUAUACCUCGGGCUAUCAUUGUUUACCCAAGAAGAGCUCAUUUUCAAGCCGGUGCUUAUUAUUGUAACUGCUCUUGGCAUCUGUGUUUCACGAUGGGCUGCCGUGUUCCCAUUGUCCAAACUGAUCAAUUUUGCCAGUCGUGCAAGAGCCACCCGAAUUCUUCGUGGCAGUAGUCUUGGUUCGGCCAGUGGUGCAUCUGCUUCGCUUACUGAUGAGAUUCCUCAACCGUACCAGAUGAUGCUUUUCUGGGCUGGAUUACGAGGUGCUGUAGGAGUUGCGUUAGCUGCUGGAUUAGAAGGUGAACAUGGUCCAUCGUUACGUGCUACUGUGCUAGUUAUUGUCGUGUUGACGGUGAUUGUGUUUGGUGGAACGACUGCUCGGAUGCUGGAGAUUCUCGGAAUUCGAACUGGGGUGAUUGAAGAUGUUGAGAGUGAUGACGAGUUUGAUAUUGAAGCUGUGCUUGAUUCUCGACACCAGCGUGAAGAGGGAUUUGGAUACAACUCCCGAAGCGGCAAUCUCAGUGCCACCCAUUUGAUUGGCGGUGGUGUUGGUAGCACAAGCUCACCUGGCGAUUUAGGCAAUAUCAGUGGUGGAUUCUAUCAACCUGGAUCACGAUCUGGAUCUGUGACUCGACUAAGGCGCUCCGGUUCGUACCAUGACGACCAGCUUGAUGCCGCUAAUAUUCACGGAAAUAACAACGAGUUCGACUCGGACGUCGAUUCAGAUGUAUCAGACCUACCUCCUAUGGCGGGUUCGCGGUCUGCUGCUGGCUCAUCAUCCGUGGCCCUCGAUAACCUUGGUCCCUUAAACAGCAGCAACGGCGGUUCUGGUGCCAGUGGUGACCUCGCUGCCAACUCAUCAGGUACAUCGUUUUUGCGCGCUGAAGAUCGUGCUCGGUGGUUCCGCGAGUUUGACGAACAGGUACUGAAACCAGUGCUCCUUGACUCUUCGCCAGGAGCAAACUCCCCUAACAGAUGA